GCGUAACCACAAGCUGCCUGGCGGCCCUGGCCUCCCACAUCCAGCCCAGCGCUCGGCGAAUUUGCUAAGCUUUGAUUCCGUCCCCCAAUUCCACACUCGCACCCGACUAAAUCAAACGAACAACACCACAUCACCACCUGCUUUGAUCAAAGGCCCAAACCGACACUUUGAACUGGAGACGACGGCCAUUGCCCCUCGAUAUCGUAGGACUCUACAGCCUUCACAUCUUGCCCAACCUAGCUGUGGGCCUCCCCACUGUCCGAGAUCGAAUAUCCAACCAUGGCGCAAGACAGCGAUCUCUCCAAGUCCCUCGACAAGGGCAAGGGAAAGGCCGUCGAUAAUGAGCGCAAGACGGACGAGACACAAAGCGACAAAGCUGGGAAGCCCGUAGCUAACGGCAAGAAGGACGACGACAAGGCUGAGUCUUCAGAAGAGCUUAGCGAAGAGGACCAGCAAUUGAAGAGCGAGCUUGACAUGCUCGUUGAGCGGUUGACGGAAUCCGAUGCCACACUCUACAAGCCGGCCCUUGAGGCCAUGAAGACCUUCAUCAAGACGUCGACAUCCUCCAUGACGGCGGUUCCCAAGCCCCUGAAAUUUCUGCGUCCGCACUACGAGACUAUGACAAAGCUCUACGACGAUUGGCCGGCGGGCGAUGACAAGAACUCACUGGCCGAUGUGCUCUCUGUCAUCGGCAUGACUUACUCCGAUGAGGAUCGCCAGGAUACCCUGAAAUACCGGCUCCUCGCGCCCACCCAGGACAUCGGCUCAUGGGGCCAUGAAUAUGUUCGCCACCUCGCGCUCGAGAUCGGCGAGGUGUACGGGAAGCGCAUUGCUUCGGACGAGCCAACUGCUGACCUGGUUGAUCUUGCGCUGGUGCUCGUACCCCUCUUCCUCAAGAGCAAUCAGGAGGCUGACGCUGUGGACCUGAUGAGCGAACUGGAGAUCAUCGAGAAGCUUCCCGAGUUUGUUGAUGAAAACACAUACGGGAGAGUCUGCCUAUACAUGGUUUCUAUGGUCAACCUCCUCACAUACCCUGACAACGAGCAGUUCCUCCGCGUAGCACACAGCAUAUACAAGACCUACAAGCAGUACACCCAGGCGAUGGUGCUCGCAAUCAGACUCAACGACCUUGCGCUAAUCGAGGCCGACUUCGAGGACGCGCCAGAUCCCGCGCUGCAGAAGCAGCUCGCCUUUCUGGUGGCCCGCCAGAGGAUAUGGCUGGAAUACCCUGACAGGGAGACCUCGGAUGACGAGGAGAUUGUGGAGUGUCUCUGCAAUGUGAAACUACCAGAUCACUUCAAGGCGCUAGGGAAGGAGCUCAACAUUCUGGAGCCAAAGACAACCGAGGAUAUUUACAAGAGCCACCUGGAGAGCAGCCGUGUCGCCGGCAUGACAAACUUCGACUCGGCUCGUAACAACCUCGCGGCCGCUUUCGUCAACGCAUUCGUAAAUGCCGGCUUCGGUAAUGACAAGAUGAUGCUGGUUGAGAAAGACAAGGAGAGCUGGGUGUGGAAGACCAAGGAGGAGGGUAUGAUGUCCACAGUGGCGUCUUUGGGCACUCUGAUGAUGUGGGAUAUCGAAAACGGCUUGGAUCAGGUCGACAAGUACACCUACGUCGAGGAGGAGCAGAUUCAGGCCGGCGCUUAUCUAGCGAUUGGCAUCAUGAACUCCGGCGUCCGGCUGGACUCUGAACCUGCCAUGGCUCUGCUGGCCGACACUGACAAGCUCAACAACAAGAACCCGCUCAUCCGUGUAGCAGCCAUCAUGGGUCUCGGCCUGUCAUAUGCCGGCUCAAACAAGCAAGAAAUCCUUCAAUACCUCCUGCCCAUCAUUUCCGACACGACCCAGGAAAUGCGGGUUUCGGCAAUGGCCGCGCUAGCCUGUGGACUGGUGUUUGUCGGCUCUUCGGACCCCGAUGUCAGCGAGGCUAUCGUGAACACCUUGCUGGACGAGGACCGAAAGAGCCAGCUGACUGACAAGUGGACGCGCUUCCUGGCUCUCGGCCUGGGUCUUCUAUUCUUUGGUCGCCAGGAGGAGGUGGAUGUCAUUCUCGAGACGCUAAAGGCUGUGGAGCAUCCCAUGGCGAAACCGACGUCGGUGCUCGCAUCCAUCUGUGCUUGGGCAGGCACUGGGGCCGUGCUCAAGAUCCAGGAGUUGUUGCACAUUUGUAACGAGCACAUGGAGGAGUCGGAGGAGAAAAAGGGCGACGAGUUGCUGCAGGCCUACGCGGUGCUUGGCAUCGGGUUGAUUGCCAUGGGUGAGGAUGUCGGUCAGGAGAUGGUGCUCCGCCAUUUCGGCCAUCUCAUGCAUUACGGAGAGGCAAAUAUCAGGCGAGCAGUGCCGCUGGCCAUGGGUCUUGUCAGCCCGAGCAACCCUCAGAUGAAAGUCUACGACACGCUCUCACGCUACAGCCACGACAACGACAACGAUGUCGCUCUCAAUGCCAUCUUCGCCAUGGGUCUUUUGGGUGCCGGUACGAACAACGCGAGGUUGGCGCAGCUUUUGCGGCAACUUGCUAGCUACUAUCACCGCGACCAAGAAUCGCUUUUCAUGGUGCGCAUUGCCCAGGGUCUCCUGCACAUGGGCAAGGGCACUCUCUCAAUUAGCCCUUUCCACACCGACCGCCAGAUCCUCUCCCGCGUCUCGGCGGCGGGUCUGCUCACCGUCCUUGUAGCCAUGAUCGACGCCAAGCAGUUCAUUACCUCCAGCUCACACUACCUGCUGUACUUUCUCGUCACCGCGAUGCACCCGCGCUUCCUCGUGACGCUCGACGAGAACCUCAAGCCGCUGACGGUGAACGUGCGCGUCGGUCAGGCGGUUGACGUUGUCGGCCAGGCGGGUCGCCCCAAGACCAUCACGGGCUGGCAGACGCAGAGCACGCCGGUGCUGCUGGCGCAUGGCGAACGAGCCGAGCUCGAGGACGAGGAAUACAUCAGUCUGAGCAGCACCCUCGAGGGCCUGGUCAUUCUGCGCAAGAAUCCUGAAUGGGACAAUGGUAAAUAAAAUGGGAAAACGGGUGGUUCCCCGGGGACUUGAAUUCGUCGAGUCAGGAAAUAUAGAUGGGUCUUGGCUGAGGACAGUCGUGUCUGUGUAUAAUACAUACAUACAAUGAGCCAUCAGCUGUCGUCUACUUGAUAACGGCAGACUGAGCCCCUGUGAAAGGGCAGCUUCGAGCGGUUUUUGGUUCCUAAAAUGGUAGACCACGCCGGUAUCGAGAUUAGCAUUGUUGACACUCUUGUAUUCCCGUAGAGUUGAGUACACCGACUUCACGAGAUGACAGAUUGGAUGUGAGCAAGGAAUGCACUCCUGACAUUCACAUAGGAUCUAAUUAUCUUUCUUCAAGCUACAUCAGCGACGAAUAUCAGUUUGCUUGAGGGGGCUACCCGGUGG